AUGGACGUAGAGCAAAAACAACCUGAGAAUGCAUAUUGCGUAUAUAUGAAAAACUUUGAAGAAACAGUAGUGAGCCCCAAGAGAAGCAGCAGCAGUGGCAGUGCCACGAAGAGUCGUACCGGCAGCAGCAACGGUAGUAUCAGCGGCGACGGCAGUAGCAACGGAAGUAAAAACAGCAGUGACAACGGCAGUAGAAACGGCAGUAGCAACGGCAGUAACAACAGCAGUAACAACAGCAGUAACAACGGAAGUAGCAACGGCAGUAACAACAGCAGUAACAACAGCAGUAGAAGCAAUCAUGGCGACGCGAAGAGCAAAGACGAAAACGGAGACAGCCGAGGUGAAGUCAUAGAAAAUUACAUGACGUCAUAUGAGGAAAACAAAGACGCAGAAGAGAAGUAUACCAACCACGAACUUUCAGAAAAAAACAUCAGUGCUAACACAUCAAAUUUGAAUAGCUCUUUCGACCCCAUACAGUUCCAAAAUGAAUACAACGGUAAUGGAAUCGUGCCCAGGAAGUGGGAUUAUAAGAACGAUGGAGAAUUACCACGUGAAAUUAUAUCCUCCCCAGAUGGAACUCAUAAUAACAUGUAUUUGAGGGAGUAUACGGAAGUGAAAGGGAAUGAAAAUUUGACAAAUUAUGAUAUGCCCAAAGAAAGAGAGGAAAAACGGAAGUAUCUCUACACCAAUAAUGAGCAUGGGGAGUUAUUAAACAUGUAUGGUAUUAAGGGUAAAGAAAAUUUUGAGAUUGCCCAGGAUGGUACGCAGCAAAUGUCGACCAUGUUUUCUUGUGAAGAAAAUUGUAACACAUAUGCCUCCACGAACAGUACGAAUAGCAACGGGAGGAGCACUGUGGAAGGCAGCAGGGGCACGCAGCCGAUUGAAAAUGUUCUAAUUGGACGAACAGCACAGAGUUGUGAACAGGGUGAGUAUAAAAUGAACACGGGAAGUAGUGGAAACAGCGGAAGUAGUGGAAACAGCGGAAGCAGUGGAAACAGCGGAAGCGGGGCAAAGGGGCAAAAUGUAGAAUAUGCAGGUAACGAAAAUAUGCCCAUCAGCCUAAGUAACAUGCAGAACGAGGUAAAUAACGCAGACCCCCCAACGUAUAUCUAUGACAGACCCUUUAAUGAAAAGACAGUAUCCAAAUUUGAAAAUAUGUGCUAUUACGAUAUGAACGAUGUAAGUGGAAAUAAGCUGAAUGAUUACCUUUCGAAUAUGCAAGCCAUGAGGGACACCUUCAAAAGCAACCAUUUAAGUAACAUGGGUAGAAAUAGUUUUGAUAUGAGUGCAGACGUUGGCCCUAUGAGUUACGAGGCGGUAGCCGGGAUGAGCGGCAUGAACAGCGUAGGCAACGUUGUUAGCCCGAUCCGUAUGAACGAUUUUGACCAUGUGAAAAAUCUAGGAGAAUGCAGCGAGCUACAGAAAAUAAUGGAUGGCAAAAUCGUUAAGGAGAUAAGUCACUUUGCGGAUAAGGGAAACGCGAGCUACAUAAAUUUCAUGAAAAGGUGCGCAGAGGAUAAAAAUUUAAAUAGUUUAAAUUCUGUGGACAUGGACUACUACCAUAAGGGAGGUCUCUACGGUACCAACCAGAAUAUAUUGCGCGAUGCCAGUGCGAUGAACAUGGGCAGUACUAUGAACAUGGGCAAUACUAUGAACGUGGGCAAUACGAUGAACGUGGGAAAUACUAUGAACGUGGGCAACACGAUGAACGACACACAUAGCGUGAAUAGUACGAGCACGUUGAGUAAUAUGAACGGGGUUGGUAGCAUGGGCACUAUUAACGGGGGUAGCGGCCUUAGCGGGAUAAGCACCCUCAACACAGCGAACAGCAUAAGUACUGUGAGCAGCAUGAGUGCCCUGAGUAGCAUGAGCGCCUUGAGCAACAUGAGCGCGUUGAGCAGUAUGAGUGCCCUGAGCAACAUGAGCGCAAUGAGCGGUAUAAACGCAAUGAGCGGUAUAAGCGCAAUGAGCAGUAUAAACGCUCUUAGCGGUAUAAACGCACUAAACGAUACCAUCUCGCUAAGUAACAUGAACAGUUUAAAUGAGGACGGCAUGAACCUGCAUACCAAUCGGAUAGAAAACAAAGUGAGCAAAGAAGAUCUGUACUUGAUGACACAAGGAGAGGCAUCCAAAAACUCAGCCAGCAUAAACGAAGAAAUAAAUAACGGACCAAUUGUAUACAAUGAAAAAUUUAGCUCUGAAGGAAUAGCAGAGAAUAAUUUUCCUUACGAAGUACAAACCUUUCAUGUGACAGAAUUGAGUAAAAAGUAUAAUCGAAAAGAUAAUGGAAAUGGAAUGAAUAUUCAGGAUAAAAACAUAAAUGUAAAGAAUAAUGCGAAUGAUAAGACUAUGUUCCUUUCGACACACUAUAACAACAUGAUUAGUGAAAAGGGCCAAAUGAGUGAUGUGAGUGAAAAUGUGUACCGUAACAAUGCCUACAACGGAAGAGCAUUGGAGGACAUCAAAAAUGAAAGUAGAGGCAACGGUUUUAUUUAUCCUGUGCAUAACAAGGAAAGUAAAAGUAAUUCCAACACAAAUGAUUAUUUAGACAAGCGCUAUAACGUAUCCGUGGACGGAGACAACUUAAAUUAUGUAGCAAAUAAAAACAUAGAAAAUGGGGCUUGCGUCAAUAAUCUCCUCUAUCAAGCUUCCGAUUAUUAUCAUAAAAAAUUUCUGCAUAGUGAAGAUCCGAAAAAUGUAAGUGCCUAUCGUACCAUGGAAAAUUUAAACAUAAGUAGCAGUAACGGACGAACUGAUAAGGGACCGAACUGUAAUGUGAACAACAUCGAGCAAAGACUUGUUAAUAACGGGAAACGGAGUAAUAAAAGGGCCACUAAAAAACGAAAUACCCCAGUGGAAAAUAAUGCGCAACUUACCAACUCCAUACCGUGUGAUAACAACAAUGGGAAGGAUGAUUACACCAAUGCUAUAAAUGCAGAAAACAAUUUUGACAUAAACAACUUAAAGAUAGACGGUGGGAACAUCAAACUGGCAGAACUGAACAUAAGUGAAGAAGAAUUAAAUAAAUUGAUUCUGAGCAUGAAUUCAAAUUUUACCGGCAUAAAUGAAAACGAAGAAUUGUACAAAACUGCUUUAUUUUUUGAGAAAAAAAAUAAAAAAAUGAUUAAAAUGAAAAAACCAUUGAAACGAAAAAGAAAGCUUAAAAAAAUUGCCAACGAGGAAAACGAGAAUCCAGAUCAAUGCCAAUUCCAAGAGGGCAACACUGACAAGUCAUUAGUAACACACGACCAGAAAAAUAACGAGCAGAAUGAAAAUUGGAAGCCAAUUUCGAUAGACAACGCAGAACCUAUAGGAACAAAUAAUUGCGCGAAGGGAGCCUCUGCGAAGCAGAAGAAGAGCCUCCACAAACAUAGUCACAAUAAAAGCAUAUGCGGAAUAUUCGCUAGCCAAAAUAAGGAGCUAAAUUUUACCUCUGUUUUGAGGGAUGGUCAGGAGAAUAGCAAUUUCGUCAUCGGGCCUGGUGCCACCUAUCGAGACGGUACCCAUGAGAAUAUUAUCAACGAAAAUGGAGUACACUACCAAAAGCAUGGUGCUGGAAAUUAUAAAAUUGGAAGAUCCUUAAGUAGAGAAAAUAUAAGCAGCGAGAGAGUUAUAAGUUUCUCGCUGGAUGGCAAUUCUACUGCGCAGUACACAGCACAGGGGCAUGCGACCAAGGGACCCAAGCGGACCGCCAACAGGAGGUACAAAAAAUUGCGAAUGAGCGAGCACGCACACGUCCCAAGUAGCAACCCCGGCGGUAACGGCGGAAGUAACGGCGGAAGUAACAGCGGAAGCAACAAUAACGAGAGCAACCUUUUCCGGAGCGCCAGCUGCAGUAGUUUUCCGAAUCAGAACCCGGCGGGGUUAAAAUGCAUAAUCAGCGGUGCAUAUAAUAAUAACCCCUACCUAGAUAACCCCAUUUCGGCCACCCCGUUUCAAGUGCAGUGCAACAAAAUGUACGACGAACUGAACGAAGCGAAUCGCGCUACUUAUAGCGACGCUGUGCGGAUAGGCACAGGUGAAUUUUUCGCGAAGCAGGAUGAUAUAUUUAAGAAGGGGGCGUUUGCUGGCGAUCCGAUGGACAGCAAGAAGUACAAUCAUGGCAACGGUAACUUGAACGAUAGCAGCAUCAACAAUGUUGAGCCGCCAAGCUGUGGCAUGAAGAAGGGAAGUGAAAACAUUUCUCGCACGUAUUAUACAUCCAACAGUCACGGAAUUGCAGACCUGUUUUCCUCCUAUGAGGAGUUCAUGAGGGACGAAUUAAGCGGGACGUUCGAAGGGAACAUGAAGGUAAAGGUCGAGGAGGAUCCCAGCGCAGCGAACAAGAGUAUUGUGAGCGGAAAUGGCGUCAACAACAUCGGGAGGAGCGUUGGAAAUGACCCCUCCAGUAGCAACAUCAUCAGCGGUAACAUCAUCAGCGGCAAUAAUAUGAUAAACGAUACCAGCGGACACGGAAACGACGGCGCAGGGGAAAAGAAGUACGUAAGGAGAAGGGGGAAAAGCAAGAAGGAUAAAGGCACGCAAGACGAUAAUACCAUCCAGAAUGGCGAAGCAGUAAGCGAAAUUCCGAAGAAAAGAAAAAGCUAUAAACUUAAAAAUAAAAGCGGUACCUCCAGAAGAAGUAAAAAAAAUGGAGAAACAGGUGACAUUUACGCGGGCAUUCCUGAUCCUGAAAAUUUGCCACUAGAGAAGGAACCCGUACGGUUAAAGCAUAGCGGUAGAAAGAAGGGCAGUACCAAAAAGGGAUUCAUUUUAGUGAAGCAUGAGGGGAACAAUGAAUGCGUAGGUGAGAAUAACUUCCACCCAAAUGUGAUGAGGAUGUGUAAAAAUGAGAUGGCAUACAGGAUAGAAAAUAAUAAUAUGCCAAAUGAAGAGCCAUUUGACAUGAUAGAUCACUCGAAGGAUGGUCUGACGACGGAUGGUGUGAAUAUUAAAUUGGAAGAAGCGCAUGGAGAUGUGGAUUCAACCUUAUACUCAGCGGGGGUUAUAAAUGAUGCCACUAUCGAUGAAAACGCAGAAGUGAAUGUGGAAACAGAUUUUAAGUCGAAGAGGAAGCCCAAAAGAAGCGUGAACUUAUUUAGAUCCCAGAAAAAUAAAUCCGAAACAGCACUGGAAAAAAAAAUAAAAGCAAAAAUUUGCUUAGAGGAUUACUACAAAAGGAAUAAAGAGAUAUACCACGGAAUCGACCCCCUGACGUCCAUUAAUGAUGUGAACCUUCCAUCCAUUGAGGAUGAAUCGUUUAGUGACAACUUAACAGUGCUUUUUAAGAAAAAGAAGAAAAAUUUGAUAUGCUCCAACUGCCUCUAUGCGUUUAAAAUUCAGAUCAGUGGGAGAAAUGAGUUCGUGCAGGUUGCAACGACGGGGGGGGAAGAAGCUGGCGGGGAUGAUCCAGAAAAGGGUGCACCAAAUUGUGCACAAAGUGGUCCACAGGAUGGUGCACAAAGUGGUCCACAGGAUGGUGCGCAAAGUGGUCCACAGGAUGGUGCACAAAAUGGUCCACAGGAUGGUGCACAAAAUGGUCCACAGGAUGGUGCACAAAGUGGCCCACAGAAUGACCCACAAAAUGGCCCACAAAAUGGUCCACAAAAUGGUUUACAGGAUGACCCACAGAAUAACCUACAAAGUGAUGCACAAAAUGACCCCAUCAACAAUAGCCAGAGCGACAAACGAAACGAUGACGAGAGUGCCCACACGAUGAUGGACCCUUGUAGUCGCGGCAAUCAGUUGAGCGAAAAGAACCGCGAAGCCGAUGUGCCAACCAGCGCAUCAGAAGAGAAGCAAAUGAACCCACCGAAAAUUGAUAACCCCGAAACGGAUCAAACAGUGGAAGCGAAAAACACCAAUGAUGUGAAGGAAGACCUGGAAGAAAACCCCGACAUUAUUGAAAAAAUAAAAAGCGUAAAGUACCUCAAAAUCAGCAUGUUCAAAGAAUUAGUAGAAAAAAACGCACUAGUGGAAAAUUAUUGUGAGAUCACAUUUUACUGUCUUUGCGGUUAUUUUAAAUGUAUUAAAGAGGAUAAUGAAUGGAAACAAAUCACGAACUGUUAUUUCGAUGAGAAGGGUGAAAGGAAACCAAAGGCACCCUAUAUAUUCUGCACAAAGUGCAAAGAAUUGCUAGUAACAAAUAGAUUUUUAGAUAAAGAUAAAACGAAAAUUAUUAUGAUAUGCGAAUGUGGAAGUAGAAACUAUGACAGAACGGAUUUGUUUUGGUUCAGAAGGGGAAACAUUAAACAAAGAAAAGCUCCUCAAAUUUUAUGUGAUGAAUGUAAUUCCAAAAUGUGGGUACACACAUGGCUUGAUGACAUUGGAUCGAAAGUUAAAUUGUUAUGUAAAUGUGGUUUUAAGAAUUUUCUUAAAAAAAAUAAUAAUUGGGUUAGAAGUCCAAGAUGGAAAAAACCGGUGCCCUUAAUAAUUUGUAAUUCGUGUCAGCAGAAAAUGUACAUGAGUCAGUGGCUAAACAAUGAUGGAACCAAAGUUAAAAUGAAAUGCGAGUGUGGAUGGAAGACUCUCAUCAAAGAAGGAAAUACAUGGGUUAGAAGUGAAUGGUCCAAAAAAUUACUAUGUCUCAAAUUAGUAAAAAAUCCAGAGCUUCUACAAAAGAAAUAUAACUUACAUCCUCGUAAGAAAAAUAAAUCGGAUGAAGACGAAUUAUCCGAUAGGAACAGCCAGAACGGGUUGUCACUAAUCAGGAAUGAAAAUUUUCCAACAUUUUCCCCCAGCGACAUAACGGUAAAUCCCCAUGAUGCUAUUAUCAACGAAUUGUAUAAUCCGAAUAAUUUGGAAAAUUGCCUGGAUGGCGAAACUAAUGAUGCACUUAACAAAAUGAGGAGCUCCGAUUCGUUCAUGAUUUCCGAAGCGACCGACGGACUAUUACUUGCAGAUGAUAAUUACAUAAUUAACAACGGCAAUAGUGGUGUUGGCGGCGAUCCGAAUGAUGCACUGUUCGUUUGGGGCGUAGAAAAUGGUACAACCAUGGGCCAGGUAAUUCCCUACGAUGAUGUCAUUCCGAGCAAGAAACCUGGCGCGCGCAGUCAGAGAGGCGGUCGCGGUCGCGGUAGCGGCAGUCGGGGUAGAGGCAAUGGGGGUGGUAGAAGCGUUGGUAGAGGAAACAUCCUCAGCGCUCACAUUGAUAGUCGCAACCAUGUUAGUGGUAACCCUGUUGGCGUACUCCCUGACGGAGGCGAUCUCUGCGCACGCGGCAACGCAGGUAACAACAACGCAGGCAACAGCAGCGCAGGCAACAGCAGCGCAGGCAACAACAACGCAGAUAACAACAACGCAGAUAACAACAACGCAGGUAACAACAACGCAGGUAACAACAACGCAGGCAGCAAAAAACCACGCAGCGUGAAGACCUACUUUAACUCUAAGAAGAAGGGACAGAAUGCCAGCUCCACCAAAAACAAGGACUACCACAUCGCUAGCGCGGAAACGGCCGACGGUGCGCCAAAUUCGUAUAAUAAUGUCCUAAAUCUAAAUGGUGCAAUGAAUAAGGGGCUUGUAGGAGAUGCUUAUGUUACAAACAAUUACGAACAAGGGAACACCGAAAGAGACAUGGAGUUGAACAAAAUGGUCCCCUGUACUGAUGGAAAUGACAAAAAAAUGAACACGAAUAAGGGUCAAAAGAAAAAACCAGGAAGACCGGCACUUAACAAAAGGGAUAAGAAGGUGAAAAAAUCAACUGCGCGAGAAAAAUUGAAUAACACGGAAAAUUCUUCCAUCGCGAAUACAGUGACUGCUGUUACAUCCGGUGCUUCAGUUGCUACUACAACAGUAGCCAUGACAACUGCCGCGACAACGGCGAGUACCACAGUUACGUGCACAAUGAUGUAUGAUGAGAGUUCCCCGACUAACCAAAUUUAUCAAAUUCACCAAACCAACGAUGACAUACUGAUGGACAACAUGGUUCAUAAAAACGGCAGCGUAAUAAUUGACAGCAUAAUUAAUCACCCGGAUCGUAGCCUAAACCGGAACAGCGAAAAGUUGCCACAGUGCAAUACGAUUAACGGUCGUGCGGCACUCGAUUUUUAUGAUGUAAAGUAUGCAAAUGGAGAGGGGAAACAAAGUAGCAAUGCUGGAAAAAUGUAUUAUGAGAAUCCGUAUUACUAUGUUAACGAUUACUAUGAUGAUUCUUAUGAUAAGGGUUACUUUAACCAGCCCAUCGUAUCGCAGUAUGGCGAAAAUAGCAACGGCAACAGGAGCAGUAGUAAUAACAAAAGCGGCAGUGCCAACCGUUGUAGCAGCAGCAGUAAGGGUGCUGUGAGUAAUACGGACUUGUACGACGCCUACAAUAUGCCGAGCAGCACGUACCACCAUCUGAACAAAGAGUACCCCGUAAACUACGACAUGAACGCGACUACAAAUCCAAUGACGAAUAAAAAAUUUGUGGACAAUAAAGACAGUACACAAGUUUUACCCAUGGAUAUAAAUUUCGAUAAGAAGAAAUUUAUACUAGAAAAUAUGAAGAAAUUAAAUUUUAAUAUUAGCGAAAAUGAUAUGAAUGUCCUUUUGGAGAAUAUGGACGAAAAUCUCCUAAUUGAGACUCUUUUGGGAAAAUAUGUUCACAAAACUGUAAUGGAAAAUCGAAAAAUGGAUGACAAUGAUAUGAACCUGAAUGAGAAUUAUACGAGCCAUUUGGGUGGAGACAGUGGGUUCACGAAUAGCAGUUAUAAUUCGAACGAGUUUAAUCAAGCGGAGUUCAGCCCAAACGAAAUGUACAGCAAUAACAGCAUGUGCUCGUAUAAUAACUACUCGGGAAAAAUGUUCCCAAAUGGGGGGUACCAGAGUGGUUUGUAUCAGAGUGGCGUUCACCAGAGUGGCGUUCAUCAGAGUGGCAUUCAUCAGAGUAGCGUUCACCAGAGUGCAGUUCACCAAAAUGGGUUGCACCAAAGCGGGUUGCACCAAAGCGGGUUGCACCAAAGCGGGUCACCCCCGAGUGGGUUCUACCAGGACAUGAUCGAGCACCCGUUUAGCAAAAACCCUUCUGCGGAAGGCGGACUGAGAGAAAGUGCCCCAAUCAGUAAGGACAACAUGAACUACGUUGUAAUGGAAAACAAGGGCGACAAAAAGGAAAUUGAGUGUAAAAAUAUGAACUUGAUGAAUGGCCGAAGUGGAGCUGAUAACAAGUUUAACGUACAUAUGGCGGAGAGAAAUGGCCACGACAUGGAGGACUCCAUGAAUAAAAAGGCAAGGAGCCAAAAUAUGACGAAUAAAAUUAUGGGCAGUAAAAAUGUGGGCAGAAAAAAUUCGAUGAAUAAUGGUCCAUGUAGAAACGAUUACCUAAGUAGCAACUUUGCCUAUUCGAACGAAUUGAUGGGAAAAACGGAUAAGUACAACUUGGAGGUUAACCUGAAUUUAGGUGAACAUAUAAACGUGAAGAAUGGCCCCACCAGUUGCGAAUUGCGCAGUGGUGUCAGUAACAGCAUGGGUGGUAACAUCUCGGGGAACUUGGAUCCCUCCGGGUUUGAAAACGGUGUGUAUGAAAAUGACGCAAAUGGUGGCAAUGGAAAUUGUGGCAGCGGUGACCUUGGUGGCGGAAGUAGCGGUAGUGGGAACAAUAAUGGCGAACACGUGGCGGCUGCAAAAAACGAUGGAUUGCUAAACAUGUGCAAUAUGAACGAAAACCUGCAGUACUUCAGCAAUGAAUUUAAAGCCGUCCUCGCGCACGUCCUUUCGGAUAAAGCAUCAGAAGAGCAGAAGGAGAGUUUCCAUAAUUAUCUAAAAAAUUUAGCCAGCAAUUUGUGCAACCUCGCAAAUAAAGAGAAUGAUUUGACAAGUGAAAAAGAUCAAGGAUAUAACAGUACCACACUCUCAUGUGAAGACAUAAGCAGAUAUUUAAAAGAUAACAAAGUGGAAAACAAUAAUAUGCUAAAGGAUCUACUACUACCGAUUUUAGCGAAUGAGGAGGAAAAUGCCACGCCCCUUAAAAACAACUUUUGCAGUGAGUAUAACCUAUAUGAAAAAAUUUUAAACAUGCCAAAAAUGGAUGAAAAGAUGAAGGGUGAAGAAAUGACUGCUACUCCAUCGUACAAGCCACAAAUGAAUGAAAUGAGUCAAGAUAAAAAUAACAUGAGCGACAUGUUUUGUGUGUAUAAUUUUAACUCAGAUAGUGAAGAAAAGGGAUGUGCACAUGAGAGGAAGUACAAAAUUAAUGAUUUUAUAACCGUCUGCACAAAUUGCAAUGAAUAUCUUAAUUCGAAUAUGGAUUGUAAAAUUGUAUCUCCCAGUAGUUUGGAUAGCAGCAACAACUCCUCAGUGCAGAAGCUGAAUGCGCACCAUGAGGAUUUUCUUCUACCUAACAGUGAAUUAAAGAACUAUGAAAAUUUCUCCUCUCCAAAGAAAGACAUGAAGGAUUACCACGGGGAAAGCGUGUACAGCCAGCUAAAAUUGGAUAACAAAAUGUUGCUGAGCGGUAUGGAUUCGCAGAACGGGGGAAGCACAAACGGCGUCAUGAGUAACGCGAUGAACGGCGCGAUGAAUGGAACGAUGAGCGGCGCGAUGAAUGGAACGAUGAGCGGCGCGAUGAAUGGAACGAUGAGCGGCGCGAUGAAUGGAACGAUGAACAGCGCGAUGAACGCCGCCGCGAGCGACGCCAUGAACAACACAAGGAACAACAUUAGCAACAAUACUAACAACAGUAACAACAGCAGUAGCAUGCCCAUUAUGGAGAACGUGGAGGACAUGAGCCACCUGUACAAUCAGUACUGCGAGUAUUACGUAAACAAUACCGUCAUGGAUGAUAUCCAGAUGAAAAAUAAUUACCUGAACAAUCUUUUUUUUCAAGAUCAGAACAACUACUCCGCUGCUAGCGAUAACUGUACGAACAAUCAAACCCCGCCAAUCAAGUCAGAAAAUUUUUACUUCAGUGAAGAUAAUAACUACCUUAGCGAUUCCACCACGUACAUCCAUGGGAAGAGUACCGCCAAUAAUGUAUUGCCAUUUAAAAAAGGAACCUACGCAGAAAAUAAUUUGAACAAUAAUAAUAGCGAUGGGAAUUAUCAGGAGGAUGACUAUGAAAAUUAUAUCAAUUCGGAGUGCAACAACAAUUCUUGCUACAACAUAAUUCACACCUGA